AUGAAACCUCAAACACUCUGUUGCUGCGGAGAAGCUAUCUGCGCUUCAGGCGCUUCCAGUACACUUAAAUGCGAGUGCCGAAACGAGGCGACACCCAACGCCCUCCUCUCUCUGCUAAAAAGCCAAAAGAGCGACUCCGAGUCUCCAGACACCCCGCUUGAAUCGGGAAAUGAGGAUCCUCAGCUCUUGAUAUCCUUGGGCUUCUCAGUGCCGGUCCGUCUUACGGGUUUGCGAUUAAGGGCCCCCAUAGGCGCUGCGAAAGCGGGGGAAGCCCCUCGAAGAUUGCGUAUAUUCUUUAAUGAUCCCACGAAGUCUUUCGCUGAUGCAGAGACGGAUCCGGCAACCGACGAAUUUGAUGUGCCUGAAGGCGAGAGCUUUGAGGCAGGCAUCAACUUUCCCCUAAAAUCUGUGCGCUACAAAUGCGUAGCUUCUCUCCAGGUCUUUGUUGCUGAUAACGGAGGCGCCCCCGUCACCAAAAUAUCCGAGUUGGACGUCUUUGGCACGCCAGUCGACAAUCUGCAAAUGAAGGACUGGAAGCCAGUGAAUUCGGAGGACGCAAUUGCCCAGAACGGCAUCUGA